AUGGCAGGCCACAAGCACUUAAGGUGGCCGGCGCCUUACUCGCCUUACUCCGACUCGCCUUACUCCGAGACCAUGAUGCCUGACAUGACAUCGUGCUACCCGCUGCCUGCCCAGCCGUUUGCCGCGGCAGACUGGAUGACGAUGCCGGACGCAGCUUCCUGUGCGGGCCUUGCUGAAGGCAAGUACGCCGUGCCGAAGCCUUUCAACUUGUGGCAAACUUCGACGGAUGCUUUUGGUCAGCCUGGGACACAAGCUCUCCGCAAAGCCGGAGGAGGGAUUUUUCAAGAAGCCCAGCUCCAGGAUGUGCCCAGCACUUUGCCGGCCGGCUCCGGUCUGGCGCUGUUCGCGGAUGGCACCGUCCCGGCUCGCGAAGAGGCCUCGCUGACUGGCGGGGGUCGCUGGCUUCUGGGCCUGCGGCGGAGCGCAGAGGAUUUCGUGCCGUUGUUGAACGAGGUUUGGUUUGCCUUGACAAGUGGUCUCCUACGGAGCCAUUUCGAAGGUCAUGCCGACGUGUGCGGUGUAGCAGUCUCCUUGACGGCGGCAGAUGCCAAAGUGGCUCUGUGGCUGAAGCAUGCGGAGGAGGAGCUUCACGUCCUGGCUGUCGGACAAGUUUUGCUGGACAUGCUUCUAGCCGUCGAAGAGAAGGUCUCCGGAGUUGGCACAGCAGACAUCCGCAUCAAGUUCGAGGAUUUCCAGCGUGGCAGGGUCACGCAGAAACUGCGCGGAGCUUGA